AUGUUUUCCUCAAUGAAGAUUAUUAAAAUUGGAAUAAGAAAAAAAGCAGAAAUACCAAUUACUUCAACUGGAGAUUAAGAGGAAUAAUACUUUCAAGACUUAGACUAAUAGAAAUAAUCUGAAGAAUCUCUAUAUUUUGAAUUCAAAAGAAUGAGAAUUUCUGCAGAAAAAGAUGAACUAGUUAGUUACAAAAAAAAAAAAAAAUUAUAAUAAUAAGGAGAAAAUUUCAUGUUUCUCUAUCAAUAAAAUCAUCCAAUAAUUGAAGAAACUAUUAAUUAUAAAUCAACUAAAAAUAAUUCUGAUUAAUAGGAGAUUUAGAUUAACUAAGAUAAUACUAUAUCUUCUUCAGAUUAAUAAAUAGAAUAAUUUAAUAUUGUUAAAGUUGACGAAAUUGAUUAUGUUAAUAAAUUAAGUUUCUUAAAGUAGCAAGCAUGUAAGAAUGGAACCAGAUUCAAACCAAAAACAUUUAAGAAAACUAAACUUGAUAAUCUUAAAAUUAAAAAUAAGUUAAUCUCAAAAUGA